AGGAAUCCAUGAAUUCAAUUGGAAACCAGCAGGAACAGUGUCUGAAAAAAUAUUGGUUAAAAUGACCCAAGAAAUAUAGCCUUGCUGUCGUUUUAGAUCGAUUUUUUAAAACAUGCUUUUAACGUUUUUAUUCUGAUCCGGUGACGAUGGAGGCGUAGGGUUUAGCUACACAUUUUAACAGAGAAUGUUUUAAAGCAAAGGGGGAGGGGGAUAGUUGUUUCUCUGGCUUUCCUUUUUUGUUUUAAGAGCGUUUUGGCUUCUUUUUACAUUUUAACUUAUCGAUGUAUUUUAACAUUAACAAUGCGGAGGUUGCGGUGCUUUUCGCCGACUAACAGUUGAUAUUUUUCGCUGGAUAGAGCGAGAAAAACGAGGGGGGUGUUGAAUUUGGUUAGCCUGAUAGCUAGCUUGCUAGUCAGCCUGCUACAUUCUCCCAGCCCGAUUGGAUUGUACAGACAUUUUCGUCGUGGCUUAUGUCCAUUAAUUAUAGGAAUAACACAGUUCAUAAUUAUUCUUGCUUUCUCGGGAACUGAAAUGAUGGAUUGUUGGAUCGUACUGUGAAAGGAUGAGUUCUUGCUUUGUACCAAACGGGGCCAGCCUGGAGGACUGCCACUCCAACCUCUUCUGCCUGGCUGACCUGACUGGGAUUAAAUGGAAGAGGUACGUGUGGCAGGGCCCCACCUCGGCGCCCAUCCUGUUCCCGGUGACCGAGGAGGACCCCAUCCUGUGCAGCUUCAGCCGCUGCCUGGCGGCCGACGUGCUCAGCGUGUGGCGGCGCCACCAGAUGCCCGGCCGCCGCGAGCUCUGGCUCUUCUGGUGGGGCGAUGACCCCAACUUUGCCGAGCUCAUCCACCACGAGCUCACAAGCGAGGAGGACGGCGUGUGGGAGAGCGGUCUGACCUACGAGUGCCGCAGCCUGCUGUUCAAGGCCGUCCACAACCUGCUGGAGCGCUGCCUCAUGAGCCGUAGCUUUGUACGCAUCGGAAAGUGGUUCGUCAAGCCCUACGAGAAGGACGAGAAGCCCAUCAACAAGAGCGAGCACCUGUCCUGCGCCUUCACCUUCUUCCUGCACGGGGACAGCAACGUGUGCACCAGCGUGGAGAUCAACCAGCACCAGCCCGUCUACCACCUGAGCGAGGAGCACCUGACCCUGGCCCAGCAGGCCAGCAGCCCCUGCCAAGUGAUCCUAAGUCCGUUCGGCCUGAACGGGACCCUGACGGGCCAGUCCUUCAAGCUGUCGGACCCCCCCACGCAGAAGCUGAUCGAGGAAUGGAAGCAGUUCUAUCCCAUCGGCCCCAGCGCCAGGGAGAGCUCGGAGGACAAGAUGGAGGACCUGGACUGGGAGGAUGACUCGCUGGCGGCGGUGGAGGUCCUCGUGGCGGGUGUUCGGAUGGUGUACCCCGCCUGUCUGGUGCUGGUUCCUCAGUCUGACCUCCCCCCUGUCGCGGCCCCCACGGGACCCUCGCACUGCACGGCCGCCUUUUCGGGGGCCCACCAGACGCACCCCUCCCAGCGAGACCCAGCCAUCUCCUCCGUCACCCUGACUCCUCCCACAUCACCUGAGGAGCCUCAGACAGAUUCCCAGUCAGCCCAGAAGUGGGUGAAGGUGUCCUCGGUGUCAGACUGCUUCGGCACGGACGCCACCGGUCACCACGGUGGAAAGAUCCGGCGCCGGCUGGCCAGCCAGGUGGUGGAGCGGGCGUGGCAGGAGUACAUCCUCAACAGAGCCCAGAACAAGAGGAAGUUCUCAACGAUGUCUGGCGGAGUCACUGAGGAGGAGAUGCUGGACAAAGUGGGAUCCUGGGAUUUCGUGGAGUCGACGCAGAGGUCAAAGUGCAACUGCUCAAGGCUGAAGGCGCAGAAGCAGCGCUCGGGCGCCCCCCCGGGCCAUACCCCCGCGGGAGGCCCGCCCCCACAGCCCCUGCAGAAGCACAAGGCCGGGGAGAAGCCGGAGAAGGGCGAGAAGCUGGCGAAGAGGCCGCAGACGCCCUUCCACCAUCGCAGCGAGGACCCGGUGCUGGAGCCGGAUGCCGCCGCCCCGCGGCUGGGCGUGCGGCCGCAGGACGAGGGCCGUUUCCCCGGGCUCCGCCCCGGCGACGCCCCCACCACCGCCGCCAAGACCCCCCACCCACACGACGCCCCGCCUGAGCUGGCUGCCGGCUCGCCCCAGCCCCCUCCGCUCAGCCCGCACCCCUGCGAGCCGGGCGAGGACGGGGCGGAGUCAGCCAAAAACGCCAGCGCCGCCUCCCCCCAGAGCCAGAGCUUCUACCAGCCCCCCUCCGAGCCCUGCCUGCUGCCACAGAAGGACGGCCCUGCCCAGCCCUUCCCCCCGGCCUACCCGGAGGCCCCCGAGCCCGCCACAUACGUGGGGGCCGCCGUGAACCCUGAGGACGCUGCUUACGCCCCCUGGAAGCUGUUCAGCCUGCCCCGCCGGAGGGACGGCCAGUUCCCCACCCCGCUGCUGCCCACGGACAAGCUGCGAGACGACGGGGCCGGGCCUGGCGGGCAGGACGGCGUGGGGGUCGUCUCCGUCACCGAGGUGAUGUCCACCGCCGGGAGGCCUCUGAAGGUUUCGGAGGAGCGUGUGCAGAUGUACGCUCAGAGGCGGAACCUCUACCUGUCGGCCUUCCCCGACGGCGACCACGAGCCCGAGGCUGACCCCUACGCCUUCGUGGACGGCGACGUCGAGUUCACCUUCCGCGACAAGAAGGACAAGCCGGCCGGGGAGAGGGAGGCCGGGAAGAAACACAAGGGGGAUGACGGUGGUGCAGAUGACACCCAGCGUGCGGCCGCCAACAACCGCAACAGCACAGCCAGCCUGAUGCACGAGAACGACCUGGCCGUCUCCCUCAAAGACCUGGACAACCUCUUCAACUCGGACGAGGACGACCUCACGCCCGGACUCAGACGGGCGGCCAACGGAACGGAGGAGAAACUGUGCAAUAAGGAAGUGAAGGCGGCAACACUGGACCCCCUGUCCUGCAUCAGCACGGCGGACCUGCACCAGAUGUUCCCCACGCCGCCCUCCCUGGAGCAGCACAUUAUGGGCUUCUCCCCGAUGAACAUGGGCAGCCGGGACUGCAGCAGCAUGGAGAACCCGGCCGGACUCACCCUGCUGGAGGGAGCCUCGCUCGGGGGCCUCUUCAAGAUGGAGGUGGAGGAGGGCUGCUGUAGCCCAAAGCCGUCCGAAAUCAAGGACUUCUCGUACGUGUACAAGCCGGAGGUGUGCCAGGCCUUCGUGGGCUGCUCCAUGUUCGCCCCGCUCAAGACGCUGCCCAGCCAGUUCCUGCCGCCCAUCAAGCUGCCAGAGGAGUGCCAGUACCGGCCUAGCUGGACCGUGGGCAAGCUGGACAUGCUCCACCCGGUGCCCCCCGGGUACCCCCCGGCCUUCCUCAGCAAGGACAGCAGCAUCCCGAGUGAGGUCGGCGGGAUGGACCAGGACUACACGCAAAGCUACACCCCUCAGACGCAGACGCCCUUCAUAUCCAACAGCGCCCCCCCCAGCAACAGUGGCGCGGGCAUCCUGCCGUCCCCGGCCACGCCCCGCUUCUCCGCCCCCACCCCCAGGACCCCACGCACCCCCCGAACGCCCCGCGGGCCCGCCAGCGUCCAGGGCUCCCUCAAGUACGAGAACUCGGACCUGUACUCUCCCGCCUCCACACCCUCCACCUGCCGGCCGCUGAACUCGGUGGAGCCGGCCACCGUGCCGUCCAUCCCCGAGGCCCACAGCCUGUACGUCACCCUCAUCCUGUCCGAGUCCGUCAUGAACCUCUUCAAGGACUGCAACUUUGACAGCUGCUGCAUCUGCGUCUGCAACAUGAACAUCAAGGGCGCCGACGUGGGCGUGUACAUCAGCGACCCCAACUGCGAGGCGCAGUACCCCUGCACCUGCGGCUUCAGCGCCGUCGUCAACCGCCGCUACGGCAACGGCUCCGGCCUCUUCCUGGAGGACGAGCUGGACAUCAUCGGCCGGGGCUCGGACGAGAGCCGGGAGGCGGAGAAGCGAUUCGAGGCCCUGCGGGGGGCCUCCCUGCGGCGGGCCGGGGGCCUGCGGGACGGGGUGCCCGACGACCUCAUCCUGCUGCUCCAGGAUCAGUGCACCAACCCCUUCUCCCCCGUCCCCGGCCUGGAGCCCGACGGCCACGCCCCGCCCUGCGUGCGCCUGGAGGAGCGUGACUGCUAUAGCGACUGCUUCCUGGCGCUGGAGCACGGCCGGCAGUUCAUGGACAACAUGUCCGGUGGGAAGGUGGACGAGGUGCUGGUCAAGAGCUCCUGCCUGCACCACUGGGCCAAGCGCAACGCGGUGGACGUGAGCACCCUCUUCUCUCAGGACGUCCUGCGCAUGCUGCUGUCCCUCCAGCCCGUGCUGCAGGACACCAUCCAGAAGAAGAGGAGCGUACGUUCCUGGGGGGUGCAGGGACCCCUCACCUGGCAGCAGUUCCACAAGAUGGCCGGCCGGGGCUCCUAUGGCACAGAUGAGUCCCCCGAGCCACUUCCCAUCCCCACCUUCCUGGUGGGGUACGAGUACGACUUCGUGGUGCUGUCCCCCUUCGGCCUGCCCUACUGGGAGAAGCUGCUGCUGGACCCCUUCGGCUCCCAGAGGGAUGUGGGCUACCUGGUCAUGUGUCCCGAGAACGAAGCUCUGCUCAACAACGCCAAGACCUUCUUCAGGGACCUGACGGCAGUGUACGAGUCGUGCCGGCUCGGCCAGCACCGGCCCAUCUCCAAAGUGCACCCGGACGGCAUCGUGCGAGUGGGCAGCUCCGCGGCCAAAAAGCUGGCGGAGAAGCCCGUCAGCGACUGGUUCCUCAAGGCGGGCGGUGGCAACAGCGACGCCUUCGCCAAGCUCAAGCUCUACGCCCAAGUGUGCCGGCACCAGCUCGCUCCAUACCUUGCUGCCCAGUCACUGGACAGCUCCUUGCUCAGCCAGCCCAGCCCCUCUGCCGCCUCCAGCCAAUCCUCAUCCACGCAGCCAGCAAGCUCCGCCCCCUCCUCAGCAGGAUCCCAAUGCACUGUGACCUCAGGAAGCUCCGCCCACCCCGGCAGCAGCUCUGCCCCGCUGACCAAUGGGAGCGGCUCGGGCUCGUCGUCCCUCCCCUCCUCGGGGCAGCAGGGAAUGGGCGGCACCGUGCCAUCAGCCAAGCCCAGUUCCUUCCCUCCGUUUGGAGCCGCGGGCGGCGGCAGCCAGCAGACAGGCCCUCAGAGCGCAGGGGGCCAGGGGGACAGCCAGCCCACGGAGCCCCCAGAGAGCACUAUGGAGCGGGAGAAGGUGGGCGUGCCGACGGACGGAGACUCGCACGCCGUGACGUACCCCCCGGCCAUCGUGCUGUACAUCGUGGACCCCUUCUCCUACGAGGAGCCGGACGGGGCGGAGCACGCCAGCGUGUGGACCCUGGGGCUGCUGCGCUGCUACGUGGAGAUGCUGCAGUUCCUGCCUCCCCACAUCCGGAGUGCCGUGUCUGUGCAGAUAAUCCCCUGCCAGUACCUGCUGCAGCCGGUUCGGAACGAGGAGCGCCACAUUUACUCCCAGCACCUCAAGUCCCUGGCCUUCUCAGUCUUCUCCCAGUGCCGUCGCCCGCUUCCAGCCUCCACCAACGUCAAAACGCUGACGGGCUUCGGGCCCGGCCUGGCGCUCGACAGCGCCCUCAAGAGCCCAGAGAGGCCGGAAUGCCUGCGGCUGUACACACCGCCCUUCAUUCUGGCCCCGGUGAAGGACAAGCAGACGGAGCUGGGCGAGACGUUCGGGGAGGCGGGGCAGAAGUACAACGUGCUCUUCGUUGGGUACUGCCUCUCGCACGACCAGCGCUGGCUGCUGGCCACCUGCACCGACCUGUACGGCGAGCUGCUGGAGACCUGUGUCAUCAGCAUCGACGUGCCCAACAGGGCCAGGAGGAAAAAGGGCUCUGCUAGACGAUUGGGCCUUCAGAAGCUGUGGGAGUGGUGUCUGGGGCUGGUGCAGAUGACAUCACUGCCAUGGAGGGUGGUGAUUGGCCGUCUGGGCAGGAUAGGCCACGGGGAGUUGAGAGACUGGAGUAUCCUGCUGAGCCGGCGGAGCCUGCAGUCUCUCAGUAAGCGGCUGAAGGAGAUGUGCCGAAUGUGUGGCAUCUCCGCCGCCGACACUCCCAGCAUCCUCAGCGCCUGCCUGGUCGCCAUGGAGCCGCAGGGCUCCUUCGUCAUCAUGCCAGACUCCGUAUCCACGGGCUCGGUGUUUGGCCGCAGCACCACCCUGAACAUGCAGACGUCCCAGCUGAGCACACCCCAGGACACGUCCUGCACGCACAUCCUGGUCUUCCCCACCUCUGCCGUCGUCCAGGUGAACAGCUCCAGCUACCCCACGGAGAACAUCGACAUCACCUUCAACCCCAACAACGACGGCUCAGAUGGGAUGGGCAUCCUCGACCUGCUGGAGUCUGAGAAUGACCUGGUGGACCCCGACCUCAUCAACAUCCUGCCCAACUCCCCCACCACCUCCCCGGUGCACUCACCGGGCAUGCACUACCACCACGGAGGGGACGGCAGCAAGGGACAGAGUACGGACAGGAUGGAGUCGCACGAAGAGGCUCCCAACAUCCUGCAGCAGCCCAUGGCUCUGGGAUACUUUGUGUCUACAGCCAAAGCCGGCCCACUGCCCGACUGGUUCUGGUCCGCCUGCCCUCAAGCCCAGAAUCAGUGUCCCCUCUUCCUAAAGGCCUCCCUGCACCUGCACGUGUCCUCGGUGCAGUCCGACGAGCUGCUGCACAGCAAACACUCCCACCCCCUGGACUCCAACCACACCUCGGACGUGCUCAGAUUCGUGCUGGAGCAGUACAACGCCCUCUCCUGGCUGACCUGUGACCCUGCGACCCAGGACCGACGCUCCUGUCUGCCCGUCCACUUCGUGGUGCUGACUCAGAUGUACAACUUCAUCAUGAGCAUGCUUUAGCAGGCGGAGAAGGUUCCGGAAGAGGAGGGAGGCCACUCCCCGGAGGACUUUCUGGACGGAUAGCUGCGGUGCUGGGUUUCAAGAGUUUGGAACGAUCGUGCGGUGCCCGGGGGUAAGGCCGCUGAAUGCUCCUGAAAUCCAGCACCAAGUGUUCCGAAAGCGCAAGAGAGAAUUCUAGAAUGUGGGCGUGGCUAUGGAGGAAUACAGCCAAUGAAAAAUAACGCCUGAAGCUGUGGGAGUCGCCAUGGUGAUAUCAGAGGCGUUGGGUCCUGGUCAGGUGUCUGUAUAAAGUUUUGGAAGAAAAGGGACACUCGUAAAUUAAAUUUGACUCUUUGUAAAGACCUGAUAUUUCUUCCUUUGGAUAAAAUUGUAUCCAGAUGAAAU